GUUUUCUUGCAAUGGUUUUCGGUGGCGGCUUCAAAUUUUUAGUGGGAGUGGGAUGUGGUGUCUAUGUAGCUCAGAACUACAACGUUCCAAAUGUCAAGAAGCUGUUCAACACGUAUGUUUUCCUGGCAAAGCACGUUGAGGAAACUUACCGUAAGCCGCCGAAGAAAGACGACGACUGAUUAUCAUACCCAUGGCGAAAAGAAGUAUAUACUCUGACAUUACAGAAACAUGAUCUGCGUGAAUAUUAAAGUUGUUAUGAUCUUUUCAAGAGCUGAGAACACCAGCUGUGAAGUUUGUCAUGGCAAGGUUUGUGGAUCUUUAUGAUAAAACCUUAGUGUUUUUUAACGUCUGAUUCAAAUAUUAUGGCACUGGUAGAAAUUUCAUAAUAAGUGGGUGUCUGGCAACUUACCAAAAGUGCCCUGA